UGUACGUAACUUCACUUAUUCAGUGUAGAGAAAUUCGUCUCCAACCUCGCAGCCCAAAAUAAACAUUCUCAUCGUCCUCUCCAACAAACCUCCCUCCGAAAUGGCGAUGGCCGCCGCUCUCCGAAAGCUUCCCUCUCAAAUCCAGCGGCUCCAUUCCCUCUCUCCCUCCAUAAACAAGUCCACAAUCUUCCGCUCCUCCGCCACUUCAGCAUCGCCGACAUCUUCCUCCAAGAAAGUCGCUGAUCGGAUCGUCAAGAUGUUCGCGAUCGACCAGGAAGGAAGGAAGCGCCAAGUAGUCGGACUCUCGGGGCAGACUCUGCUGAAGGCUCUCGCUAACAACGGCUUGAUCGACCCUGCAUCCCACCGGCUCGAGGAGAUCGAUGCCUGCUCUGCCGAAUGCGAGGUCAAUAUCGCUCAGGAGUGGCUCGAAAAGCUCCCACCCCGCUCCUACGACGAAGAGUAUGUCUUGAAACGUAACUCUCGGGCUCGGGUCUUGAACAAGCACUCUAGGUUGGGCUGUCAGGUCGUACUUACUCCUGACCUCCAAGGUAUGGUUGUCGCGGUUCCGGAACCUAAACCUUGGGAUAUUCCAUAAAACAAGGGUGAAAUUGGGGUUUCCUUUUGUAUUCUGUGUUGCUAUGAUAAUAAUGGGCUGAAAAUUAUGGUAUUCGAUGUAAAAGAAUUCAAGGUUUUCUUAUAGUUUUUUCUCCCCGAAUUGUGGGUUAACUACUUGUUGGUUAAUGCUGCCCAUGGGAUUUGUGUUGUGUUUCAUUUCAGUGCUAUUGUCUGGAUUUUUUUUAUGCUUAUAUUCAUUUGUGAUUGGCUCCAA